AAUUGGUGGGUAGGUGUAUGGUGGAGGGGUAUGGGAGGGGAGGAGAGGAAGAGAAAGCUGGUAGCUAAAUAAUUAAGCACCCUUAAAGUGGGAGAAGAGGCAUACUGGGUUUGAUGCAGCACUUCACUUCUACAGCACUGUGAACUUAGUUCUUAAAGGUUGUGUUUCUGUCAGAGGCUUUGUUCUAACUGUGGUAGCUGAUGGGUGGUAAGCUGGGAGAAAACUACUUAAAUCCUGUUGCGAGGAUAAAAGCUUCAGUAUAGCUUUCUGCACAGGCUAAAUAUGAUUAAACACAAUCAUGGAGCUGAAAUGAUGUAACUUUGCAGUGAUCAAAAAGACUUUCCUGCUAAUCUAAAAUUAAGAUGGGCCAAAGACCUCUGUGCGUAUGUGGUUUUCUUUAUCUCUAAACCUGAUCUUUUCUUGUUUUAGCAUGCUCCAAAUAAAAGCAGGGCUGAUUCUGCAGUGACAAUUAGCUGUGACUAGCUGGAGACCUGGUAAUGCCUAUGCUUAUUAACACUAUGAAGAAUGUUCUUCAAGGAUUCUUAAACAUCAAAAGGCAGCUUGUAAUCAAACAUUAAACUGGUUAGCUGUACUGAUUUCUUCCUGCUUGUGCAUUGCCCCUUCUGGUGUGCUGGCAUGCUUUUUUGUAUGUCUGCAUGAGGAACUCAUCUGGAUGAAAAAUAACUAAGGAAAAGCUCUAUUAAACCCAAGCAAAUCUAGAGAGCAAAAAACAAAACUUGGUCUUGCUGCUGAAAGAGGAUUUGAAACUACAUAAGAAACCAGGAGGCUUUUGCAGUUCUUUGGUGAUGCAGAUACAUGGAUUCUGGACAGAAAGGUUCAAGAUAGGUUUAAGAAGGCUAAAGCUUCACUAGAACUGUGUCUAGAAUGGACAGUUACUUUAAAGCUGCAGUUUGUGACUUGGACAAACUACUCGAUGAAUUUGAACAGAAUACAGCAGAUGAGUAUGACUGCUACAGAACUCCCCAAAAUCCAUAUGACUCAAAACACCAUUCACUUUCUUCGGUUCUGGAUUGCUUACAACAUGUAUACCCAGCACCAAAACUGCAAGAGGAUGCUAACAGUUGUACUUCAUCAGAAGAGAUCUCUCUAACUAGCCACAUUGGAGCAUGUGAAGUGCUUCCGAGUUACUCACCGCAAAACGAGCAACAGAAUGUUUCUGGACCUGAUCUUUUGUCUACUGUGGACAGCAGUUCCUUAAAGGAAAUUCCGGCUUCUAACCUGAGAAGCUGCAGUGUACCUGUGUGUGAUCUCGUUAAUGACACAAGUAACUUAAUCCACUCAGUGUCUGCUCAGGAAGAUACUCAAAAGUUGCAGCCAGAUGACUUCCAGUAUAGUGAAGGCUUGAUUGGCUUUGGUGUAUCUUGUAUACCUGUUCCUACUUGUGUGUCAUCAGCUGGUCACAGCAGUGUUUCAAGUACAGAGCAGAGGGAUGAGAGCUCAAUGCUACAAGAUUUAGGACAUCUUAAAAAGGAGGAGAUUAAUCAUUUAGCUUUAAAAUCAGACAGUUAUGCUACAGCAAAGAUCUCGAUUCCAUGUGAUAAUCAACACAGGACAGAAUCUGUAAAGUGCAGUGAAAUAUUUGAGCAGCUUGAACAAACUGCUUGCCUUAAUACUGCAUGUGUAACAUUACAGGAUUCAAAUGUGUACAGUCCUGAAGAUGAGAAAGCAUAUGAAAAAUUGCUUUGUGAACUGCAAGAUGAAAGUGCAGCAAGCAAAGAGAUGUAUGGAAGAGAUGCUAUAGAAAAGGUAGACUCAAAAGAUGAGACCAGUGUUGAAUCCAUGCCUUCAGAUCUGCCAGAGAGGCCUCAGUGGCACAAAAGCCAUGCAGCAUUACCUGUAAAUGGUGUUUUACCAGGCUCCUCAUUUGAAACAGGAGCUAAAGCAGAACUGGAAGAGAAAAUCACAGAAGAUAAUGCAGGAACAGAAGAACUUACUAGCAAUGAAAUACUAAACAGUGUUUCAACUCCAUGUAUUUCGGUUGAGGACAUCCACACCCCGUUGUCGUGUUUUCCACUUCCUGUAUCCAUAUGUGGUUCUUUAGUUGUAACAGACAAAACAGUUACUCCGUUACCUCAAAAUGUGGCAGAGUUUAUUAGUGAUACUUCAGCUGUUCAUGCUGGAAUGUCUAAAACUGAUCUCUCUGAUAGGGAAUCUUGUGAAAACACUGACUUGAGUGAACCAGAAGUAUAUGUAGAUAAAAUCCAUGAAAGUAUUGUGGAAAAACGUACAGAUGAAGAGAGGUGUAGUAAUGAAAAUGAUGACAGUGAUUCUCAGCAAGUCGAAGCUUUUGCUUCUGCCUUCCUAGAAUAUGAAGCUGAGCUAUAUGGUGUUGGUAUAGACUCUUAUUACAAUGAAAGUAUGAGCCCAGUUAUGUCUGACUUUACUGUGGAGGAGAAUGUUAUUAAAAGUGAUACUCUAAUAAGUGAUGCUGAGCUUGAUGAUUUCUUGUAUGGACAAAGUCUUCAAUCCAAUGUGUUGAAGUCUUCAGAUGAUGAUAGUAACUUAAUGGAAGCUGAUACAGAUGAAGGGAAUUUAAUAAAUGUGAACAACGUGGGUUUCAUAGAGCUCACUGAAGAACACAUGCAAGCAAAACUGGAGGAGAUAACAAACAUUAGUGAUAAUCUUAAAGUAUCUCUUACUGCCAGUGAAUCGGAAUCUGCAACAGAAGAGAAUAUGUGUAGUAGUCAGGACAUGAUUGAGAGCAGUAGUGAAGCACUAGUUCCUAGUGUUCGUACUGAAGGUGCGAGACCAAAGCAGUUGCUUGGCCUUUCCCACAGAGCUGUUGGUCAAAGACAACAGAGAGGAACAGAUGUACUUGAGAGGGAGAAUCAGGAAGCCAGUUCUGUUAUCCCAGAAGCUCCCCUCUCAGGCACCAGCCUACAGGUUGAUAAAAAUCCUUAUCCUGCGCACUCUGGGGAAAGCAGCUGUGAAGCUGGAGGAAAUCAAACAUCUGAAAAUGUGAAAUCACUUAAAACACCUGCAGUUCUGUCCUGGAAACAACCAUUGUGGGUUCCUGACUCAGAGGCACCCAACUGCAUGAACUGCCAAGUCAAGUUCACCUUUACAAAAAGACGGCACCACUGUCGUGCAUGUGGAAAGGUUUUUUGUGGUGCCUGUUGCAAACGAAAAUGCAAACUACAGUACAUGGAGAAGGAAGCAAGAGUGUGUACUGGCUGUUAUAAUGACAUUAAUAAAGCACAGGCAUUUGAAAGGAUGAUGAGUCCAACUGGUCCUGUCCCAAAUUCCAGUGUUUCUGUUGAGUGUUCUGCUGUUCCAUCUUUGGAGGAAGCUCAGAUACCUGGUAGUGCUAGCUCUCCUUCACCUUCUACAUCAUUACCUAUCCCGGUACUUAAACAGCCUGGUACUGAAGGGCUGUGCCCCAAAGAACAGAGGAGAGUUUGGUUUGCGGAUGGGAUUUUACCAAAUGGCGAAGUGGCAGAUACAACAAAACUUUCCUCGGGAGCAAGGAGGUCAUCAGAGGACUUAAGUCCAGUAAACCCUGAGGUGCCAGAGGUGCAUAUGGCUGCAAGCCCAGAGGAAGAUGAUAUGUUACCUGAUGUAGAUCCAAAACAGAAGGAAGAAAGUGAUGAUAUUACACAAAUGGAGGAAUUAUGUCCUGUUUCUUCAGAUGAUGCACAGCAGGCCGUUCCAGACCAGAGUGAGGUGGUACAUAGUUAUACAUCUGUAACUCUAGAAACCGAAGAGUGUUCUCCUGCUGCAGAAGCUGAGAAGACUAGUUCCAGUUCAGUUGAUCAGACUACUAGCAAUGUGCCUGUUAGUCCUUCAAGUUACAGAGCACUGUGUGGUGUUGAGAACUGUGUUCGCAAAGAGAUCAGCCUUGUUCCUGAUGGUGAUAAACUGCCACCGCUUCUGCUUGCAGUGGGUGAAAAAGGAAAAGAUCCUCUAGUGGAAGAACAUCCAUCUCGCCAAAAGAUCACCUUGCUUCUUGUGGAAGGAGGUCGUAAUCUGUUAACUUUUAUCCUAAAUGCAAACUUGCUUGUGAAUGUCAAGCUAAUAACUUAUUCUUCAGAAAAGUGCUGGUACUUCUCAACAAACGGACUGCAUGGUUUGGGUCAGGCGGAAAUUGUCAUUCUGUUGCAGUGUUUGCCAGAUGAAGAGAUUUUUCCUUGUGAAAUACUUAAAUUAUUUAUUGACAUCUAUAAGGAUGCAAUGAAAGAUUCUGUUCCUCUUUCUACAGGAAGGUUAAUAAGAAACAUGGAAAAUAUUACUUUUACUGAAAAUUUUUUCAGUAACAAAGAGCAUGGAGGAUUCCUGUUUGUUUCACCAACUUUUCAGAAACUUGAUGAUCAAAUUCUGCCAGAUCACCCUUUUCUUUUCGGUGUUCUCAUCCAUAAGCUGGAAAUACCCUGGGCAAAAGUUUUUCCUAUCCGUUUAAUGUUGAGACUGGGAGCAGAAUACGGGGCAUAUCCUACCUCUGUAGUAAGUUUCAGGCACCGGAAGCCACUCUUUGGUGAGAUUGGACACACAAUUAUGAACCUACUUGUUGACCUUAGAAAUUACCAGUAUACUUUACAUACCAUAGACAACCUGUUUGUUCAUGUGGAAAUGGGUAGAAGCUGUGUUAAAAUACCCCUGAGAAAGUACAGUGAGAUAAUGAAGGUGAUAAAUUCUUCUAAUGAACAUGUGAUUAGUAUUGGAGCAAGUUUUAAUACUGAAGCAGAUUCUCACUUGGUGUGUGUGCAGAAUAAGCAUGGCCUUUAUCACACACAAGCAAUCAGUGCUACUGGACAUCCCAGGAAAGUUACAGGUGCAAGUUUUGUGGUGUUUAAUGGAGCCCUAAAAACAUCUUCAGGAUUUUUAGCUAAAUCCAGUAUAAUUGAAGAUGGACUAAUGGUACAAAUAACACCAGAAAUGAUGGAAAGCCUACGUCAGGCGUUAAGAGACAAGAAGGACUUUAAAAUAACUUGUGGCAAAGCGGAUACAGGAGACAUGAAAGAAUAUGUAGAUAUUUGCUGGGUAGAAAAUGAAGAAAAAACAAAUGAAGGAAUUUUAAGCCCAGUUGAUGGAAAAUCAAUGGAAGGAACUCAGAGUGAGAAAGUACCACAAGGCAGAGACUUUCAAAGAGAGGGAAAAGUCAUGAAGUGUACUGAAGUCCACUAUUUUCUAAAAAACAAUGAGCUCUCCAGUCCUGUUCCUUACCAGUUUACUAAAGAGAUUGCUAUUGCCUGCAGUACUGCUCUUUGCCCACACCUUAAAACUUUAAAAAACAACGGGAUGAGUAAAAUAGGCCUAAGAGUUUCUGUUGACUUGGAUAUGGUUGAGUACUUAGCUGGAUCCGGAGGUCACCUUCUUCCACAGAAGUAUCUGAAUGAAUUGGACAGUGCUCUGAUUCCUGUGAUUCAUGGUGGAAUGUCAGAUCCUACAAGUUUACCAUUGAAAAUGGAGUUAAUAUUUUUCAUUAUAGAACAUCUGUUUUGAUUAGGUUGAUUACAGGCAAUACUCUGAUUUGCUAGAUCUGAACACCAAAGUUAAAAUGCUUCAAACACUAAAAAUGUUAAAGUUCUAAACCUGUUAUGUCUUAAUAGAUUUUCAAAAUGUUUUUUAAACCCUCAAAUCCUCUCUGGUUACUUUACUACAAAAGACAAUUUGUUUGUAAUAUUUCCUAAAGUUCAGAAAGUUUACACUUAAUACAUGUGCAAAAGAGGGCGAGUUUUAUUACCUCUUUACACAGCUGUAGCAUUUACUAUGUGUAGUGUAACUUUAAGCCAUACUGUCUUGCCUCUUAAGCUCAGAUAAAUGCAUUACAGAAAAUUGCUAUGGCUACACCUAAUCUCUGCAGCAUGUGCUUUCCAUGUGCAAGUGAGCUAAAACACUGAAGUAGAAGCUGGCACAAAACUUUUCUUGCCGUUGGAGAUUUAAAUGUGAGAUGUUCUGCAGCUGACUGCAGACUUCAUAUGUGGGCACCUUCUGACAGUUGUUCGUGGUCAGCAUGGGGAGGAAUUUCACAGGUAUGCUUAUGAAGACUUUGAAGUUGAAGUCCUUCACAUCAGGAUGUUAUGCUGGUGCUUCAAGAACAUACGCGCUGAAUUAAUUUUUUUUUAAUAGAUUAACUGAUUUCCUUCUUGCAUUCAUGAGGAUUUGCCUAACUUGAAUGGAUGCUAUUUUUAUAAAUACUACUUUUUUUUCUUUACUCUGUGUUCAGAACUCCUGAUACGAUUUGACCUUUCAAGGAUUACUAAAAACCAGAUUACCCUCGAGUAAUCUACAUAUAGCAAUAAAUCAGACAAGAAUUCUGCAAUGUGUUUUCUGCUUGAUCUACUGCUUUGCCACUUCUUAGUAGCCACCUUUACUUUCAGGGAGAAUAGAUGUAUUAAGUGUGAAUUUUCAUUAACAGAUGGAUUUUUAGUAUACCUGAGGUUCUUGCACAGGAUGUAUUUUUGAUACUGAGUCAUUAAGAUCUAUUUAUGUAUUUGUGAUGCAUGUGACUUGUACUGAGGUUCAGAGAACCAUAAUGGGGUUUGGUAACUGUCACACAACUGUUCAUUAAGAACAGAACCAAAACUAAAUAUAAACAAGAUCUAUACUGUUUUCAGUAAAAGUGCUGGUACAGUUUUCUAAGGAGAGUAUUGAAACUUUGAUGCCUUCUUGAUGCUAAUAAGGGGAUAUUUUAUGUUUUUGUAUCAAAAACAAUUUGUAACUUAACCUAAUCUGCUCUGCUGUUACCUGUGCUUUAAAAUAGUGGUUUUAGAAGGGUUCAGGCUUUACAAUCUUACCCUGGAGGAAGCCAAGGCUGCAGUCAAGCUGAUUAAUGCAACCUCUGCAGAGAAACUGCAGCUCUGGGGAAGAGCUGAAGACCACAUCAGGAACAAAACCUGUGCCGGCAUGAAAACAAGCAGCAUCCAGGCAGUCGAGGAGAGACCGGGGGUUAGCCAGGCCAGCGGGACCAUGUCCAUCCUGAGGGGAUACAUAAGGCAGCUGCCUCCUGCCGCUCACUCUCUACUAACUUCUUUCAAGUAGUGAUCAAUAAAGUUCGCUAAAAUGCUUGAUACCUUACAUGUUAGUUUUGUUGGGAGGUUUUUUUAAUAAUAAAGACCACUUUUUGGGGGCAGUA